AUGGCCCUUCCCGCCCUGGGCCUGGACCCAUGGAGCCUCCUCGGCCUCUUCCUCUUCCAGCUGCUCCUGCUGCUGCUGCCAACAGCGGCCACCGGGGGCGGAGGGCAGGAGCCCAUCCCCAGGGUCCGAUACUACGCAGGGGACGGACGCAGGGUGCUGAGCCUCUUCCACCAGAAGAACCUCCAGGACUUUGACACUCUGCUCUUGGGUGCUGACGGGGCCACGCUCUAUGUGGGGGCCCGCGAGGCCAUUCUGGCCUUGGAUAUCCAGGACCCGGGCGUGCCCAGGCUGAAGAACACGAUAUCCUGGCCAGCCAGUGACAAAAAAAAGAGUGAUUGUGCCUUUAAGAAGAAGAGCAAUGAGACACAGUGUUUCAACUUUAUCCGCGUCCUGGUCUCCUUCAACGCCACCCACCUCUACGCCUGCGGCACCUUCGCCUUCAGCCCCGCCUGCACCUUCAUUGAACUCCAAAAUUCCGAUCUGCUGCCCAUCUCGGAGGACCAGGUUGUGGAGGGGAAAGGGCUGAGCCCCUUUGAUCCUGCCCAUAAGCACACAGCUGUCUUGGUAGACGGGAUGCUCUAUUCUGGCACCAUGAACAACUUCCUGGGCAGCGAGCCCAUCCUGAUGCGCGCGCUGGGAUCCCUGCCUGUGCUCAAGACGGACACCUUCCUCCGCUGGCUGCAACAGGACGCCGCCUUUGUGGCAGCCAUCCCUUCCACUCAGGUCGUCUACUUCUUCUUCGAGGAGACGGCCAGCGAGUUCGAGUUCUUCGACAAGCUCCGCACGUCCCGGGUGGCCCGCGUCUGCAAGAACGACGUGGGCGGGGAGCGGCUGCUGCAGAAGAAGUGGACCACCUUCCUGAAGGCCCAGCUGGUCUGCGCGCAGCCCGGGCAGCUGCCCUUCAACGUCAUCCGCCACGCCGUCCUGCAGCCGGGCAACUUCUCCACCGGCCUCCGCGUCUUCGCGGUCUUCACCUCCCAGUGGCAAAUCGGUGGGACCAAGAGCUCAGCGGUCUGUGCCUUCUCUCUCAAGAACAUCGAGCGUGUCUUUGAGGGGAAGUACAAGGAGUUGAACAAAGAGACUUCACGAUGGACGACUCUUGGGGUCCCCGAUGAUAUCAAUCCUCGACCGGGCAGCUGCUCGGCGGGCCCCUCCUCGGAUAAAGCCUUGACCUUCAUGAAGAACCAUUUCCUGAUGGACGAGCAGGUGGUGGGAACGCCCCUGCUGGUGCAGUCCGGGGUGGAGUACACACAGCUUGCCGUGGAGACAGCCCAGGGCCUUGACGGGGACAGCCAUCUGGUCAUGUACCUGGGCACCACCACGGGGCUCCUGCACAAGGCUGUGGUGAGCGGGGACAGCAGAGCGCAUCUGGUAGAGGAGAUCCAGCUGUUCCCUGAGCCUGAGCCUGUUCGCACCCUGCAGCUGGCCCCAACCCAGGGUGCACUGUUUGUAGGCUUCUCAGGAGGUGUCGUCAGGGUCCCCCGAGCCAACUGUAGUGUCUAUGAGAGCUGUGUGGACUGUGUCCUUGCCCGGGACCCCCACUGUGCCUGGGACCCCGAGUCCAGACUCUGCCGCCUCCUGCCCACCUCCAUCCCGAAUUCCUGGAGGCAGGACAUGGAGAGAGGGAACCCACAGUGGGCGUGUGCCGACGGCCCCAUGAGCAGGAGCCUCCGGCCUCUGAGCCGCCCCCAGAUCAUCAAAGAAGUCCUGGCCGUUCCCAACUCCAUCCUGGAGCUGCCCUGCCCCCGCCGCUCAGCCCUGGCCUCUUACCGCUGGACUCACGGGACAGCAUCCCUCUCGGGCGCCUCGUCCAUGGUUUACAACGGCUCCCUCCUGCUGCUGCUGCGGGAGGGGGAGGGAGGCCUCUACCAGUGCGUGGCCACUGAGAACGGCUUCUCCUACCCCGUGGUCUCCUACUGGGUGGACAGCCAAGACCCGCCCCGGGCCCCGGACCCCGAACUGGUGGGCAUCCCCCGGGAGCGCAUGGAGGCCUCGCUGACCAGGGUCGGUGGUGGGGCCGCGCUGGCCGCCCAGCGCUCCUACUGGCCCCACUUCCUCACCGUCACCGUACUGCUUGCCUCGGUGCUUUCCGGAGCCCUCAUCUUCCUCCUUUUCUCCCGGCUCGGGGCACUCCGAGCCCGGGGCAAGGUCCAGGGCUGUGGGAGCCUGCCCCCUGGGGAGAAGGCCCCACUGAGCAGGGAGCAGCACCUACAACAUCCAAAGGAACACAGGCCCCCGGACAGCGAUCUGGACGCCGACAACAACCACCUGGGCACCGAGGUGGCUUAG